CAUCAUCAACCCACAACACUCUCCCCUCUUAUUUUACUUUACCAUCCAUCCUCUUUAAAUUUUCCCGAGAAACAAAACUAAUCAAAAAAGCUUCUUUUUUUUCUCUGGGGGUUUAUUUCUUGAUUGGUCAGUUACACAUCUCUCUCCAUCUCACCUCGCUUGCUUCCUUCUUGCUUUUUCUUUUCUAGCAAGUACAUAGAGACUUUAAACGACAAGUAGAGAGAAAGAUUCAGACAUGGGUUAGUUUUCAGUUUUUUCAUAAAUCCUCUUCAUUCUUUGUCUUUUUAGGGUUUUUAGGCAAGUAUGCGUGAGUUACAUCCUUUUUGAGCUACUCUGGAUUCCCCACCGUCUAACGACCGCCCUCUCCGCCGUCGCCGCCUCCUCGAAGACGCUGACCUUCUUCCUCAAUAUGCUCAACCAAUGGCAGACGAAGACGACGAAGCUCACCACUUCCUCCACCCUCCUCCGGGGCCUUCUUCAAUGAGGCACCGCGAGGCGGCGGCGAACGGCGGCUGCGGCGAGAUAGUGGAGGUGCAGGGAGGUCACAUUGUUCGGUCGACGGGAAGGAAGGAUCGGCACAGCAAAGUAUGCACGGCGAAAGGGCCACGUGACCGGCGCGUGAGGCUAUCGGCUCACACGGCGAUUCAGUUCUACGACGUCCAAGACCGCCUCGGCUUCGACAGGCCCAGCAAAGCCGUCGACUGGCUUAUCAAAAAGGCCAAAGCUUCCAUCGACGAGCUCGCUCAGCUCCCGCCGUGGAACCCCGCCGAGGCAAUGCGCAUCGCCGCCGCAAACGCUAAACCGAGAAGAACCGCCGCUAAAACUCGAAUCUCUCCUCCGUCGCCGCCGUCUCCUCCUCCUCCGCAGCAGCAGCUUCAGUUCGGUGGAUUCGAGGGAGUGGCGGAGCAUCGGAGUAACGAGUCGAGUUUUCUCCCGCCGUCGAUGGAUUCGGAUUCGAUUGCUGACACUAUAAAGUCCUUCUUCCCGGUGGUCGGCUCUUCAACGGAGGUUCCUCCUCCGAACCAGCUUAUGCACAGUAACUACCAUCAUCAUCAUCCGCCGGAUUUGCUUUCUCGAACUAAUAGCCAUAACCAAGAUCUCCGUCUCUCGCUGCACUCUUUCCCGGAUGGUCCACCGUCGCUCCUCCACCACCACCACCACCAGUCCCCUUCCGCCGCCACCGCCGAGCCGGUUAUGUUCUACGGGCAGAGCAAUCCGCUAGGGUAUGACACAUCGACGGGUGGUUGGGAGCAACAGUCAAUUCAGAGACUGGUGGCUUGGAACAGCGGAGGAGCAGCGACGGAGACAGGAGGAGGAGGAGGGUUUCUCUUUGCUCCUCCAGCUCCUUCGUUUCAGACAGUACUCGGCCAAAGUCAGCUUUAUUCUCAGAGGGGUCCCCUUCAGUCCAGUUACACCUCGCCCAUGAUCCGUGCUUGGUUUGAUCCUCACCACCAUCAUCAUCAAUCCAUCUUUACCGGCGAUCUCAUCAACCACCAUAUUCCUCCUCCGGUUCACCAAGGUGAAUUCUCUUCCGGUGGUUUCCGCAUACCAGCACGGUUUCAGGGUCAAGAUGAGGAGCAGCACGAUGGUCUCUCCAACAAACCGUCAUCUGCUUCCUCCAUUUCUCGCCAUCGUUAACAAUCCAAACAAUUAUCCUCUACUUCCAGGGCUUGUCAAGCUUUCAUUCACAUUGAAAGCUUUGGCUUAGAUUGUUCGGAACAGGGAAGGCGUUUGUAUUCAAUGGCUUGAAAGUUAAAAAAAGGCAAGGAAAGGAUGAAAGAGUGUAGAAAGAAGACCAAAUGUGUCCUAAAACCUCAGGUUCUUCCUCUUCCAGUAUCCUGACCUUGUCAUUUGUAAUUUUCAUCUUUUUCACCAGUUAGAUCUGUAGCUCAAUUAUGGUUAGCUCCCGUCGUUGUGUUGUGUCUGAAAACCCUUUUUGUUGUGUGUUGUAUCAUCAUCCUCUUGUUACUGCACUAGCCAGAUACUUGAGAAAUGUUCCUUGUUCUUGUUGUGUGUGACUCUACUGGAUGAUGUAAUAAAGUCUUGUACUUUCUCUUUA